AUGGCUAACUUGAGAAGGAACGAUGAACGCAGAGGAGGUAACAGCCAGCAUCGUGGGAGAUACAACAAUUACCAACAGAGGGCGACAAGGGAGGAUAGAGCUGGGGAGAUCGAAACAGACGGUUUUCUACGGGUGAGUGCUGGGAUUGUUGGUACUUGCCAGGACGUGGAGAAAAGAUAUAUUAGAGUGCAAAGUCAGCCGCAUCCCUCCACUAUCCGGCCAGAGCGUGUGCUGAAGCUGUCGCUCGAGGCGGUGAAGAAGAGGGAGGCGGAUGGAGAGGAGUACGAGGUUUGCCACGAGUACUACAUGUCCAUCUGUCAAGAUCUGAGGAUACAACAGCUGGAAGGAGGCUUCACAGUUGAAGUGAGGGAGAACUUUGCUCGCUGCGCCAUGCGCGCGCGUAUUGGAGACAAGAAGCGUUUGGAUACGAAGACGCUGGGAGACUGCUUGAUUCAUCUGCAGGAACUUUAUGAGAAGAACGCCAACAGCGGGCACGAGGUUGAGUUUGGGAUCUACAGACUUGUGCUGUGGCUGGGGCUGUCGCUGGAGCAUGAAGACUCUCUUCUGGUCGUGCAUGCCUGCAUGGCGUCGCUUUCUCAGUUCGAGCAACACCCGGCAGUCAAGCACGCGCUCGAAAUUGUUUCCGCAGUCCUCACAGGCGAUGUCGUGUCCUACUUCAAGCUUGUCGCUGCGAUUCCAGACGAAGUCAAGGACCAACGGCACGUCCAUGAGACUCUUAUCACUCCCUCCAUGAGGAGCAGGUACUAUUCCGCCAUGCUCAAGGCGUACAAGUUCGGAUUCCCGCUGGUCGAGUUGAGGGGCCUGUUGGGCUGUUCGAGCAAGGAGGAGCUGACAGGCUUCCUGCGAUCGCAGCAGGCCGUGUUGGACGAGGAGCAGGGGGUGCUGGACAUUGACAAGAGCAAGAGGUAA